CCGCCCCGCCGCGCCGCCCCGCGCCCAGCCCGAUGCCCGGCGGCGGGCGGAGGUGAAGCAGCGAGCGGGCGCUGGAUCCUCCCGGCCGCGGCCCCCGGGGCCCCGGGCACGGAACAAAGGGCCAUGGCCGAGGGGGCCCCCGCUCAGGCACCGGAGGCGGUGCGGCCGCCGCGCUGCCCCUCGCCCCUCCGGCCGGCGGCCGGCCCCGAGCGCACCUCGGAGCGGGAGACGCAGACGGCUGAGCUGUCCCUGACCGUGGUGGCGGCCGUGCAGGCGGUGGAGCGCAAGGUGGAUUCCCACUCCACCCGCCUGCUGGACCUGGAGGGUCGGACGGGGAUGGCGGAGAAGAAGCUGAUCGACUGCGAGAAGACGGCGGCGGAGCUGGGGAACCAGCUGGAGAGCAAGUGCGCGGCGCUGGGCACCCUCAUCCAGGAGUACGGGCUGCUCCAGCGGCGCCUGGAGAACAUGGAGAACCUCCUGAAGAACAGGAACUUCUGGAUCCUGCGGCUGCCCCCAGGCAGGAAGGGGGAAGUCCCCAAGGUGCCGGUGACCUUUGAUGACGUGUCCGUCUAUUUCAAUGACAAGGAAUGGGAGAAGCUGGAGGAGUGGCAGAAGGAGCUCUACAAGAAUGUGAUGAAGGGGAACUAUGAAUCUCUGAUCUCCCUGGACUAUGCAAUUUCCAAACCUGGUGUUUUGUCUCAGAUCGAGCAAGGGGAGGAAUCGCGGGGCAGGAAUGAGCAGGACCUGGAGGAAAGUGAGAUCAUUACUGAUGCCACGGCAGCUGGAAUAAGGGUGGUGAUCAAAACGGAGGAGCUCCUUCCUGAAGAUAGCCCUGAGAACCCCGAGCUGCACGGGAUGUCGGGGCAGUCCGAGGGCAGCUUCCAGAGCCCCGACGAGGAGGCGGCCUGCGAGAGCCCCUACGGCUCCGUGUCCCCCCCGAGGGACCUCCCGGGCACCAGCCUGGGGGACUCCUCCGAGUACGGAGCCGACUUCAGCGAGAUCCAGAGGGUCAUCGUUCACCACGGGGGCUGCACAGAGGAUGGGAUCGUGAUCAAGACGGAGGAGGAGGAGGAGGAGGAGGAGGAUGAUGACCCCGACACGCUGGAGCCGUGCGCCAUGUUCUCGGGCCGGAGCGAGGCGCCGGCGUUCCCCAGCCACGAGGCCGGGCUGGGCUGCGAGGCGCAGUGCAGCUCCAAGGCGCAGCCCCGCAGCCUGGCCCGCGUCAGGAAGCCGUCGGCCUGCGAGAGGGACUCCGGGGACAUGAAGCCGGCCAGCGGCCAGCAGCGGAACCGGACGCGGGAGAGACCCUACAUCUGCCCCGAGUGCGGCAAGAGCUUCAUGCUCAAGAUCAACUUCAUGAUCCACCAGCGCAACCACCUCAAGGAAGGGCCCUACGAGUGCCACGAGUGCGACCUCAGCUUCCGCAACAAGCAGCAGUUCCUGCUGCACCAGCGCAGCCACACGCGCCGCGGCGUGGGGGUCCCGCGGCGCCCCGAGCACGGCCUCAAGCCCCCGUCGCGGCCCCCGCCCCCGGGGAAGCCCUACAAGUGCUCCGAGUGCGAGAGCAGCUUCAGCCACAAGUCGAGCCUCAGCAAACACCAGAUCACCCACGUCGGGGAGCGGCCCUUCACCUGCGGCGAGUGCCGGAGGAGCUUCCGCCUGCAGAUCAGCCUGCUCAUGCACCAGAGGAUCCACGCGGGCAAGAACGAGAUGGCCUUCCUGUGCCCCCAGUGCGGCAAGAACUUCACCCGGCCCUCCCACCUGCUGCGGCACCAGCGGACUCACACCGGCGAGCGGCCCUACCAGUGCAGCCAGUGCGAGAAGACCUUCAGCGAGAAGUCCAAGCUCACCAACCAUUACCGCAUCCACACGCGGGAGCGCCCGCACGCCUGCGCCGUCUGCGGGAAGGGCUUCAUCCGCAAGCACCACCUCCUGGAGCACCAGCGCAUCCACACGGGCGAGCGGCCCUACCACUGCACCGAGUGCGGCAAGAACUUCACGCAGAAGCAUCACCUCCUGGAGCACCAGCGGGCGCACACCGGCGAGCGGCCCUACCCCUGCACCGAGUGCACCAAGUGCUUCCGCUACAAGCAGUCGCUCAAGUACCACCUGAGGACGCACAUGGGAGAGUGAGGGGCUGCCGAGGCUUCCUCUCCCUCCCUCCCUCCCUCCAUCCCUCCCUUCCCUCUCGUCCUCCUUCUCCUCCACUCAUCUCUCCCACCCUCCCUCCAUCCAUCUCCCCCCACCCCGGCUCAGGGCAUGGACAUCAAGGAAGCUUUGUGUGGUAGCGCCGCUGGUCUGGUGGAGACUCGGCUGAUUGGAAAUAAAUUAAUGAAUUAAAGCAAGCAACGCGUGGCAAAAUUAAAAGAUUAUAUAUAUAAAAAAUUAACUGAAGCAGCUGAUUUAGGGGGAAUCCUCACCAACAAGCAAACAAACCACCAACAAAAGAAACCUGUACACAGGGUGUUUUGCCGGAGUAGGACUCGUAACUGCUUUUUAAAUCUACUGUUUGGGUUUUUUUAAUAAAUGUGGAGGAACUUUUUAUUUGAUAAGAACCUUAGGAUGGGCAAGAUUUUAUUUUCGGGUUUGUUUUUUGUUUGUUUGUUUUGGGGUUUUUUUUGUUUUGUUUUUUUUGUUUUUUUGUUUUUUGUUUUUUUGUUAACUGCUCUGUAGGCUGAUUCUGGCACAGUCACUUUUUGUCCAGGAGCUCUGUGGAGGCGCUGUUCCGUCCGGGCUGGAUGUGACAGGAGGAGCUCCAGCCGGGGGGAGGUGAGUAAUUAACAGAUGCAGCUGAUGAGGAAGUUCUGCGUGUGUCUAGAUUGGAAGUGCUGACAGGUGCCUGCCCGGCUCGCGGGGCUGUGAUGCACUCCUGAAUUAUACAAUAGAAUAAAAUUCUAGUUGCAGUAAAA